AUGGGCCGCAAAAUUUGUUUCAAGGAACUGGACAGCUUCGUCAACUCAUUUGCGAGGGCGCUUAUGGCUUUGGGGGUUCAGCCGGGUGACAAAGUGGCGUUGUGCCUGCCUAAUAUUCCCCAGACAGUGAUCGCCAACCUGGCGAUUCUCAGAAUCGGCGCGGUGGCGGUCCAGAACAAUCCCCUGUUGACGGACAGGGAGCUUGAAUAUCAGUUAAGCGAUUCAGAGGCGAAAGCCGUCAUCUGCCUGUCCGCGCUUGUCGACCGGGUGCGGGCGCUCAAGCCCGGAACCCGGAUCGAAAAGAUCAUAGAUUGCCGGAUGGACGCUUUUUCGUCUUUUUCCGCAGAACAGUCUCCCCCUGUUGAUAAAAAGCCGGCGGCUUCUUCUUUUUCGCCGCUGGAUGAGCGGUUUGCUUUUGAGGCGCUGGUCGCCGCUUUUGCGGACGGUCCUGUGGCGGAUCGCAGCCGGUGGGACGCGCCGGCGGCUCUGAUUUACACCGGCGGCACCACCGGGGUGAGCAAAGGGGUCCUGUUGAGCAACGCCAACCUGAGCAGCAAUGUUCAGCAGUUCGCCGCCUGGCUGCCGGACUGGGCGCCGGGUGAAGCGUCUUUGGUGGGAACCUACCCCAUCUUUCAUUCCGCCGGAUUCAGUUUUAUCCAGAACUUCACGAUCUGGAAAGCUUUUGAGCACAUCAUGGUGCCCAAGCCGGAACCCCGGGCCAUUAUGGAAAUUCCUGAAGCAGCAUUCUCCUUCGAUGCUGCCGGGGGUUCCCACGCUUUUUAUCGGGCUGAUGGCGGAGCCGGAAUUCGCCGUGCUGGAUUUUUCAUCCCUCAAGGCGGCUUUUUCAGGCGCGGCCCCCCUUUCGCCGGAUAUCAAUGGCGCGUUCGAGGACCUGACGGGCCUGCCGUUGUGCGAGGUGUACGGCUUGACCGAGGCGGCUCCGCUGGUCGCGGCGACGCCCUGGGGCGGCCAGGGCCGGCCGGGGACGGUGGGCGUGCCGAUUCCGCACACCGAUGUGCGCAUUGUGGACCCGGAGACCGGCCGGCCGGAAGCCGCGCGGGGCGGACCGGGGAGAUUGUCGUCAAGGGGCCGCAGGUUAUGCCGGGGUAUUACAAGCGUCCUGAAGAGACCCGGCGGGUGCUGCAGGACGGGUGGCUGCGCACCGGCGAUAUCGGCCGGUUUGACGCGGACGGCUACCUGACGGUGGUUGACCGCGCAAAAGAUGUGAUUAUUGCGGGCGGCUUCAAUGUUUAUCCGGUGGAGAUCGAUGCGGUGCUUACGUCGCAUCCGAAAGUGCGCGAGGCUUGCGCGGUGGGCGUUCCCGAUGCCUACCGCGGGAGACGGUAA